AUGUAUUCGCCAAGCCAACGCACGGCGCAGAUCACCGCCAACCCGAACUGGUCCAACAAAGGCAAGAGGCGCAGGCGUGCUCGACCUUCCAUCCUCGGCUUUGGCGAAGAUAGCAACGACGAAAAGCUCCCGUCCACGCCUUUGAACCGCACGGCAGCACAUAAGCAUGUUGACGCCUUCUCGCCGUUCAAUUAUCGAUCUUCCAACGACUCGCCACGAGCAGGCCAUGUCUCCUCACCGUCCGUCAUUCUCUUCAGCGGUCCAGACGACCGUGGCUUUGAGCGUGUUCACGAUGACUCCUUUCCACAAGAUCUUGCGCUCCUCAAGAGCAUGGCAAGAUCCAAGUUCAAGCUUACAUCCGCCGCUCCCGUCGAGAUGAGCUACGUCAACCCGGACGGUAUCGUCUGCGAUCUAGAUGAUGAACAUGAUCUCCGAGCUCUCGCGGUGCACGCAAGCCUCGCACCCAAGCUGAGAGUCCGCGUCACCUCCUCAGCGCACCCACAGGAAGCUGCAUUAUCCCAAUCCGAAGCCGCUGCUCAACAAGCGCACGCUUCCACCAACGGCACGAGCAUGGCGCACUCGAAAGGCAAAGCAACAGUCGCUCCAGCUCUGCUUGAAGCCUCGCAGAAUGAUGCUCCCAGCAAAACUGCUGUCAUGGCAGCAGUCCCCGGCGAGUCAGCCUCUUCCGGGGCUAAUGGACAUUCGGCAAACGGAGCUACCCUAGCAAAGUCGCGUCGCAAGAGCUCUGCAAAUGCUGGUCCGUCAACAACGACUUCGGCGUCCACCCACACUACCAAAGAAAGGCAGCCAGAGGUUGCUGGAAAUGCAGCCACAAUAGUGUCAAGUCUAGUUGCGGAUUCGGCAUCGCAGGCAUCGUCGAGCAUACCUAGCAAGUUUGCCGAGGCGACGCCUCUCGAAAACGUCGCCGAUGCGGUUUCAGCAUCACAGCCAGUCACACCUGCCGCCAAAAAGACGUCUGCCAAGCGCAAACGUGCCGACUUCUCAUCACCUCCCUCAGCGUCCUCAUCGGCUGCCAUUCCUGACGCUUCGCCCGGCGGUCCGGUCGCCAAGAAGCCGAGAGGGCGCUCAAAGAAGUCGCUUCCGUCCGACAUGGUUCCUGCCAACUCUCAAUUGGCUUUCGCAGAAUCGCAGGGCGGGCUGUCCCCUAUACUCUCGACGUCAGAGAUGCCCGCUCCAGCUGUGGAUGCACUCGCUGCACCCAGAGAUGCAAACGGCGUCAGUGCUGUUCAAGAAAACGCGCCGGUCGAGGCUCCAAAACGCGCUCGUGCGAACAAGCGAGUUGCCGCGGUCUCGUCCCAAACUUCCGAACAAGAGCUAAUAACUGCCGACACACCCAAACGCGGCCGACCCAGAAAGAGUGUCCCGACAACGACUCUGCCUUCUACUCAAGACACAGCGGCUGGGCAAGAAGGAGGCGCCUUGGAGACGCCCAAAGGAGAUCGCGCUAAGAAAGCUCCAGCAUCAGCUGUGGCCGCGCCUCCUCAGUCAGACAUCACGCCCCCAAGCGCACCGACCAAUAACACCGAACCAUCGACGGCGAUGACCAGUAUCGAGAGUCGUCCCGAGCCCACAGGCCCUCAGCUCAACGAAUCAGCUGCAGUGGACCAACGGCAGCGCUCCGAACCUGCCAUUCUUGAUCCCAUUCCAGUCCCGAAUUCGACUCCAGCCGGCAAACCUCGAGGGCGUCCUAGCAAAAAGGCGAUCGCAGAGGCCGAGGCCGCCGCCGCGGCCGCCGCUCUCAAGGAUAGUCAAGAAGUCCCGUCUGCCACGCCCACAAAAGCGGCCACAGAGGAGCAGCCUUCGCAGGCCUCACAGCCUGCGAUCACCCCGGCAAAGAAAGCUCGCGCGUCCAAGGCUGCAAAGGUAUCGACGUCUGAUGUCGUCGAAAGCGUCCAAGAUAAGCAGCCCGACGCUCCUACCUCGCUCGACGUCGACUCUGCAGUUGCUGCAGCUGCUACUGAUGUCGUCGUCGAAGCCCUCAGCGCCUCCGAAGCUGCACCUUCGCCCAUGAAGAAGAAGGUCGGCAGACCCAAGGCUGUCAAGGCAACCAAAGAAGCUGCAGCAUCGACGCCCACAUCCAGCAAUGAUCCGCAAUCAACGCCAGACGCCACGACCGAAACAAGCUCGAGAUCUUCGUCCGAUGCACCUUUGGCUGCAGUGCCCGCAGUCCCCAAGAAGAAGUUGGGUCGGCCGACCAAUGCUGCCAAAGCGGCAAAAGCCGCUGAAGCUGCUGAGGCGGCUGCGAAGGCUGCGAAGGCCAAAGAGGUCGCCGUGGCUGCCGAGCCUGCUGCGGUGUCGCAGCCUGCAGUGGUGGCGGCACCAGCCGUUGAAGAGCAGGCACCCGUGCCGUCCGCAUCCGCAAGCAGCGCCGUGAAUCAUGCAAUUUCCUCGCAACUUGUUGGAGACGCAACGGCGACUUCGGAAAUUGCUGCCAAGGAUGCGACCCAAGUCGAUCUUCCGAGCAGCUCAGUUCCGUCUGCACCAGAUUCAACCCCAGCGGACGCAUCCGCAGCUUCUCCUUCAGCUGCUACCAAGCGGGCAAUCGCUGCCAAGGCCCGCGCUUCGAAGGCUUCUCGCAACACUGCUGCGAGCGAGCCUGUAGCGGCAAUCGAUGCGUGCAUCGCAUGUGGCGCAACGCCCUCGCACGACAGGGAAGGGUGCCCAAUCUGGCAAGGCGGGUCGCAGUCGAUCCUCGAUCUGCUGGCGAUGGUGCGCAAAAGGAAGCCCAAAAGUCAGAAAGACAAAGAGCUCACCAGACUGCUUACCGAUUGGCUCGCCAAGCAAUUUGGUGCUCCUACUAUCGACUUCACAGCGAGCCAGGAAUCGAUCAAGCCUUCGCAAGAGGUCACGGCAUCUGCAUGCAAGAAUCAGUCCGCUAAUGCCGCGGCGAACGGCGCUGUCACACAGCCGGAUUCAAUGCAGGCUAUAGCCGCAGAACCGAGCGACGCAGUGACCACCGCGUCUCAAAGCAAACAAGCGCCACCGAAAAGCACUGCCACAAAGCGAUCCACCGCAAAAGCAGCUGUCUUGGCUCCUGCGACACCAGAGCCCGAAUUGCCACCGCCAUCUGGAAUCGAAGUCUCGUCGAACGAUGCAGCAGCACCCGUACCCGUCCCAGCUUCGCCUGCCAAAGCUGCAGCUCGCGGGGCACGCGGCAGCCAGUCGAAAACGGCGACAAUUGCCGCCAAAGCCAAGGCCGCGAAGAAGAGCGCUGCUGAGCCAUCAGCGGAGCCCAAGAUCGCCUUGACACCUUCCUCGCCACCUCAACCAGAACCUUCGCAAUCUCCAAAUGCACCUGGCACCGGUCUACGAGCGCCUUCGGAAUCUUCUGAAGCCGAGCUGGCAACGAGCCCGAUGCUCUCGGCAGUCCCACGGGCAAACGGCGACAUGGAUGUCGAUGAGAUGCCUCCGCAGACUCCCUCUCAGCCAAACACGGCGGCACAGCAGCUCGAAGAGAGGAAGCGCAGAAUGAAGCUCGCGGACCAAGCCGUCGCCGCUGCAGCAGCAACAACAGCCGCUGCUGCAGCCGAUGGUGAGCGCGCCUCAAGCCCAGAGACUGCAUCGACGUCGAGAUCAAGAUCAGCUUCGAUCACCAGCUCAGACUCUUCCGGCGACGGUCGCAGCAGCGGCGACGAUUCAGAUGCACGCAGCGAUGCUGAUGCGGGCAAGAAGGGUAGACGGGAGGCAGCGAAGCAGGCAAAAUUCACUUCGACCAAGGCAGCACGCUCUCGAGCAACGCCAGCCAAGGCGAGCCGAGCUGCAGCGAAAGAGACGGCCUCUUCGUCCGAUUCAGAAACCUCUUCGUCGGAUUCCGAGACGGAAUCGGAGGCAGAGGCGUCCAAGAAGAGCACUCCACGCGCCAAGAAUGGCGCCGCAGCGGGCUCCAAGGCAAAGACCUCCAGCACGAGCAGAUCGGCGCAACGCCUCGCUGCACCAGACAAUCCGUUCCUUCGCGGGCUGACGCCGCUAUCGAGCCGACGAAGCAAUGGCACGGGCAGCACGAGUCAGAAGUCGACGCCCUUCACGAGGCUUUCGGAGCUCAAGCCAGGCAUCUUCCGCCAAAAUAUGUCGCAGCCAGGAUCGCCGUUAAGCACGGGCGGAUCCACGCCGCUGAGCGCUUCGAGCCAAACACCGUUCUUCGCCAGCCAGCCAGCGGCGAAUGGGAACGGCAACGAGAGUGGCAGCGCACCAGACACGCCUGUAGUCUCGGCCGCUGCAACGUCGGAAGCAGCCACACCUGUGAUCGCCUCGGACGCUGAAGAUGACGACGAAGUUUCGUCUUCGUCGUCGUCGUCGUCUUCGUCCGAGGACGAGGCGCCGAGAAGCAGGGGUAAGAGGGCAUCGGCUAGUAAGGGAGGAGGAGGCGGAUCGACGGCGGCGAAACGCGCAGGAAAGCGUGCGAGUGGUGUUGCUGCGGCCAAGCCGGCAACUGCCAAGAAGCGGAAGAGCAUGUUUGACGUGUUUGCUUGA